CAAAGGUCUACCAAUAUAAUUGCACGGUUGUUUGGUGCGAUUUUCGACUGAAAAUUGCCGUAGUUGUUUGCAGUCGGUCCAUUCUUAUUCACAUGACGAGAGAACAUAAAAGAGCCGCCAUUCCAUCUGGUGAUCUUAUUUCGUUGGGAAGUAAAUCAAAGAAGGUUCCUGUUUCACAUGGAAAUCCUGCUAAAAAGACUAAAACUCAGUCAAUAGAAGUUGACCCUUCUGAAUUAGUUACCCGAGUGGAAGCGGCCUUAUCUGUCAGUGACAAUAAUCUGGUAGAAUCUUUAAUAUCUGCAGCAUUGACUCAGUUAAAAACUAGUUUUGGACACGGUACUUUGGGCUCCUCUUUGUCAUCUAGUCCUGAUUUCCGCUCAGUCCAUGGUGGCUCAGGUUCGCGAUUAUUACCCGGUAUUUCACUUGGUCUUCUGGUACUAGCUCAGGAUCAUCCAAACGUAUUUAUUCGACCUACUGUUUUGGACCAACUUAUUUUGAUUUUAUCUCUUAGUCCGCGAGAACUCGGAAUAUCCCUACCUUCGACUGCUGUAACAACGAUCAUGGCUCGAAUUCGUGGACUUCAUGUUCUUAUUGCAAAUAUACUGUACUUAGCCUUGAGCAGUCAAGCGAAAUGGCCUUCAAAACUUGUAAAGGUUUACCUAGAAGAUAGUUUAGCGAACCGAGUUUGGGUCGAUCAAGAUGAAUGUCGAUUAUUUGUACUAAAUUUGGAAACCGCAUUCCCAAAAACUUAUGGUGAUCCACGAGGUUUAUUUUCAAUUCUAUCAUCCAGUCAAAAUGGAUCAGUUGGAUCUAAUCAACCUAGUGGCAGUGUUAAUUACUCAACGAAUACAUCGUCAGUGAAUGCAGUUUUCAGCGUGUUAGGUCUAACAAGUGUGCAACCAACUUUGGGAUUAGAUCCUACAGUGUCUACUUCUAUUCAGUGUGAGAGAGAUGAAAUAAGUGAAGCAAUUUCAAGCGCACUAAAGAAUCAGUCGACUUCAGUUUCAAGAGCUAUAUUUGGUUGUGAUAUGAGUUCUCAAAUUUUACAUCGAUUUGAGGCUUGCCGUCAAGCUGUAGAGGUUAUAAUAAUCAAUACAUUGCGAGACGCUCUUGGUCGAAGAAGUGGUAAUACUCCAUCCACUUCACAAGCAACAACUACAAAUUCUGGUAGUGCAUCGUCAUCCGUUAUAUCAGCUUCUUCAACAACUUCAGUCACUAGUGGAGAUGCUGCACAACUAAGAAAUCUUCUACGCACACUUGGUAUGGCAGCUGGUAUAUCUGAAGUUCGGGGGCUUGUCGCAAGUAGAUUAGAACCGUGGCUAACAAAUCCUAAACUACAACUCUACGGCCUUGGUUUAUUUGCAUUAAUCGCUACAAACUGCCGUUUAGGUGGUUUGUCACCACAUGAUUUGGAUUUCAUGAUUUCAAGUGUUUAUCGUAUUCGUUACAAACUAUUAAAGCCAAAUAUCCAAACGGCUUUUCUUGAAUGCGUUAGUCAUUUGGUCAAAGCAGCUCCUAUGAACUUGUAUUGUAUAGUGAAUUUAGGCUCAGCAGCUCCAGAGUUACGCUUUGCACCGAGUACUAAUGAAUCUGGUCAUUCAAACCAAAACUUAAGUUCUGUUGUUAUGAAAAUAUCUGAAACUAUUCAAGCUCUAUCCUCGGAAAGUAUUAGUCAAACUUCACAACAUAACAGUAUGAAUUCUGCAGCAAUCGCAGCAGUAGCUGCUAAUGCAUCUAGUGCGUCAAGUAGAGGUUCCAGUUCAGCGGGUGUUUUGUUACCUUUUCUUUACCAACGCUUUGGAUCACAGUGGAUACGUAUCAUUGGAGAUUUACUAAGUGAACGACUAAUAUUGUCUUCAUUGGCCACUGCUAACCAAGCUUCUCAGAGCUCAUUGACUGAAUCACAGUUAUAUAACGAGUUAAGCUGUCGUCUGUCUCCAAUCUAUCAAUUUUUACGCGAACUAGCACGUUUUACGCGCAGUGAUAAUGAUAGGCUUACUGGUGGUUCAGCUCUUACAGCUCAAAGUUCUGUAUUUCAAUCCCAACAGAAUUAUCUACCAUGCUCAGAGCUUGCUUUUGCAUUAUUACAAGAUCGUUCAUUCCGUGGUCCAGUCAAUGCUUCUACAGCAGUGAAUGCAGUAGUCGUAUCACUUACUCAACAAAGAAAUCAAUUACAAGGGAAAUCCGCCGUUGAGUUAUUGAAAACUGAUAUCUCUGUUUUUCAAUGCUACUUACGUGGUUUAGUAAGUUUAAUAUGUGUUCUACAAAUGUUAUCUGCUAACAGACCAUUUCUCAGUAAUUCAUCUUCAUCAACAACAACAAGUGGUAGACGAACAAGUUCUUUUACUGAAGCUGUCAAAGUCCAUCAUUUGACUUUACGUCAGAUUCGUUUAGCAUUUGUACGAUGGACGAAAUCCUUACUACCUAUAUUUAUCAAUUCGGCUAGCCAAAAUUGUUCAAUUCCUUUGAUGAAGUGUAUAGAGAUAAUCAAACCAGUCAAUCUCAUUCGUCAAGCAUUUUUUUUAGAUUCUAUAACUCCACUAAAUGAAUCACAAUCAGAAACCUACUAUCAACUCACUUCCGGAAUAUAUCCUACACAAGAUAUAUGGCCGGAUCAAGACACUAAUUUUCUAACCCGCCUAAUAUGUGAUACUGGUGUAUCCGAAAAGCUGCUUAAUCAGCUGCUAAUCUUGGGUCUAGACACAUCAUGGCAGUUUCUUACUGCUGUAGAAGCUGGAGAAAUAGUAUGUAAUCUUAUAUGGCGUGGUGCUAUGCUAUCUCGUGACUCAGGUUUAGAAGGUUUAACUAUAACUAAACCUGAACAAUUGAUUGAUCUUCUUUUUGCCAGUUGUACUUAUCUAUCCGAUCAACAAAUUCCAGCUGAAAUGAGUGAAUUGGCUUAUGCUCAACUUUAUUGGAAAACUACAUUAACUUGUAUUAUAUUAGCUGCUUAUUGUCCACGUACUUGUGGUUCAUAUCUUUGGUCUAACUUUCCUACUGUUAGACGUUUAAUGGAAAUUGUGAUAAGCAGUGACUUUAUCGGUGCUUCAACUAAAGAAUCAACUAGUCAUAAUCAUAAUGUUGAAGUAACGGAGAAAAUGAACUCAGAGAUAGAAGUUCAAUUAAUUCUUCGUCUAGAAUCAUUUUUACUUUCAAAUGUAAAUAAGAACACGUCGACAACCUCAAAUACUGAAGAAAAUCAUCCAUUCACAUCUGAUUCUGUUGUUGUGGUUACUCCUGAAUCAUCUCAACUCAUUAAUAAACUAGUUCGAAAUAAUCCUCGUGGACCAUGUCGCCGUUUACCUGGAGAACAACUUUGUUACCUUCGUUUCCUUUGUCAACGUCUCCAUCUUGAACGUCGUCUAUGGAGUACGAGAAAUCCAGACUUCCUUCUUGAUCUAUUACACAGUCAAGCUAAUAAUGUUGUUCCACAACCAUGGCUGAUGCGCCUAGUUGAAUCCACUGGGGAUGAUUUAGAUGUUCUUCCUGUUCAAUGUUUAUGUGAAUAUCUACUGUGUGAUGCUAUAACACACUCACGUGCCAUUGAAACUGAUUGGUCACAUAUUUCAACAACCAUUCGAGAAUCGUCGAAUAUUGAUUUGUUCGAAAAUUUGCGUUCUAUUAAACCAGAAAGAUUAAAUUUGAAUCGUAAAUGUAAACUUAUAUCUCAUGUGGUAAUUAAAUUACAGGAAUCCUUGACAUUGGAUUCGUUUGAUAUUUCAGUUGCUGAUGCAUUCACUCAUUCAUUUUUCAGUAGACUAAGUGAUUCGCGGCGCGUUGUAAGACAGGCUGCUCGUCAAUGCAUUCUCUCACUUGUGCCUGAGACUACAGAUGUUUCGACAGGUGAGCAGCUCACCGAUACCGCCUGUAGAUGGCUAUACAUUCUCAAAUACUUGAAUCAACUACCUGUUUUAAACACAAAUGAUAAAUCUUUUUCAUCGAAUACACUUACAUUGAAAGAAUUAAACCAUCAACUGACUGGACCAUUGUUGACAUCAUUUCAAGUGGAAAAUGAUCUGGAUAUUUUGACUGCUUAUUUAUUAUUUUUAAAACAAUUAAUUUAUUCACCGGACUUUACACUUUGGCAACCAUUAGUAACUGCAUUAAGUCAGUUUAUCUUAACGCGAUCAACAACUUUAUCUAGUUUACUACAUAGAAAUGCUUUAUAUUGUCAUGAUACGUCUAAUUUACUUCGCAUAACUGCAUACAAAGCAUUAGAAGCUAUGGCUGAGAUAUUUACAUGUUAUGUAAAUCAUUGUUGUACAGUUACUGAGGCUAUUCCAAUCACAGAAAAAAAGAGUGUGUUUGUCUCUUGGUCCCCAGACUGUCAGUAUCCAUUCGACAUUGAGUUUAUUCAAGCUCAAAUUGUUUUACUAACUCAUUUAAAUGCUGAUCUACCUGUGACAAAUUCGGAUUCUAAUGAAUCCAGCUGGUGGAUUCGAUUGCGUAAUACUUGGUUCCUAACUUAUAUUGAUGAUAAUCAUACAAAUUGUAACAAUCUGUCAUGUCGUAUGCCAGAAUUAUCUCCAUUCUCUUGUUCAGACAGUAUGGUAGAUGGAUUUAAUAAACAAACUGAACAGGAAAUUUGGUUUACAACUCCAUCAUCAUGUGAUUCUACACCACAAUUAAAAUUCUCUAUUAAUUUACGCAGUAGAUUGAUACAAACCAAUCAAAUUCCGCUUGUUUUGGGAGCCUUUAUAAAUAUCACAUCAUUAGAGCUGAUUGAAUUGACAAAAUGUAUACCUCACUUUGUUUUAAAUGAGAAUACGAUGAAAGUGCUUUCAGAACAAAUUAAUUUAAUAUCAUCAGAUCUGGUUAAUGAAGAUAUACACAAUAAAUUCAAAGGAAUUACUGAUGGAUUAUGUGAUACAAAAUCUACAACUUUAAUGGAUAUCGAUUCUCCUGAAGAAUUACUAGUCACAAUACCUUCAGUUAAUGCAAUGAAAAUUGAUACAUAUAUCAAUGUUCCUGAAAAAGAAAGUAUUACCAAAAUGAAAGUGGAUGAAGAAGAUAAAACAGAUACGAACAAGAUUAAUAACUUUAUUCACCCUACAACUCCGGAUAUGGAUUCGUUUGAAACGUAUGGUCUAUAUGAAGUAGUGAAUAUAUUACCUAAUGAUAUACAAAAUUUAUUAACGAAAUCAAUUUUAUUGGGUGAAGAUAUUCAAGAUGAUCCUAUUCUAUGUACUAUUCAUCGCUUAAUAUUUGAACAUGAUAAAUUUUAUGGAAAUUAUAUGGAAAAUUUAAAUUUAUUCAACUUAGGGGGAAAUUAUAAUUAUUUUCUAACCGAAUUACUAAAUCAAGCUAAUCCAGCAUUUUUGAAUAAAUCUGUUUCGAUAUUAUUGAAUUAUAAUGAUACUGAAAGAAUUCGACCAACAAAAUCCCUUGAUUUUAUCACAGCAUUAUUCACUUUACCUCGUCUUACUUACCCUGUUCCACGUGCAGAACCACGAGAUCGUCCAGAUGCUUCUGUUGCUUUAACCUCAAUACGUCGUUUGACACGGAUAGAAGCAUGCAAACUUAUUGAAUAUGUACUUAUGGAAGCUUAUGAAUGCAUUGAAUUUAACAAUGACAGUGAGCAUUUUAUGAACUGGGAUACACUGAACAAUUUAUAUUCAAACCGUGUUGCUCUACUGGAUAUUGCUAUUGUGCAGUGGUCAGAAUGUUGUGUAAUGUUACUAGAAUUAUUAAGUGGAUUAAUUAACAUCUCUGAUGUUAAUAAUAAGCAUGCUUUUGAUGUUCAUUUGCCUAAUUCCGUGUUAAUGAACUGUAAUAUUAUCAAACGUGCAAAAUCAAAUGAGAUUUGGUCUAUUUUUGCAUUUCGAUUGUUAUUGUUUUUAUAUUUUCGACGACCCGGUAUAUCAUAUUUAUUCCAUUCAGACAUUACACGACAACUAGUAUGCUAUCCAAGUCCUGUGACAAAUAAAUCUUCAAAUGUAUAUUCUUUAAUUGAAAAAUUUGGACUUUCAAAUUUGAAAAACUCAAGUUUUACGCUACCAGAAGUUGAUCGUAUUGGUCCAAUUAUACUGGUCAGUUUAACUUCAUCGAAUAUGUCGAUUAUGGAUACUGCACAAUUAGCUUGUAAAGCUUUAAUUACUCAGCAUCCAAGAGCUUGGUUACGUUUAUUACCAAUUAUAUGUGGUUUAAGUGAGGGACGACUUGGUACAACAUGGACACAGUUUAUGAAUAAACGUUAUCAUUUAUUAUUUUCCAAUUUAUUGCACAUCUUAGAAAUAUUAUCGACUGUAUCAGUUGACUGUUCGGUGGAAACCCUACUUGAUAUUUACGCAGGUAAUGGUUGUUUAUCUUCUGUGGAAAAUAAUGCUUUAUUCAGUAGAGAAAUGGUACCAUACAGUAAAUAUGUGGAACGUCUUUUAUCGAAUUUAGUUGGAGUUCUUGCCUGUUUUCGUGGACAUACUCGGCAUCUUAGUGGGUUUCCAAAACGUUUAGCUAGAAUUCUACAAUUUCAUGUUCAAUUCGCUCCAUGGAGUAUGAAUUUUAAUGAAACUAUUAAUUUGUUGAAAGAAGAUGAAAACAUUAAUGACAAUUUGGAUACACUCGCUGAACAAUUUGAAGAAUUCGUUCCUAUUCCUACAAUGCUAACUCAAAUAAAUGAAUCAUGUAGCGAAAAAUAUCGUUAUUCCUCUUCGCUUCUUUCAGUUAUUUCAAAAUGUCGUGGACAAAUAAGUAAACAAUGGAAUUUAGCUGUAAUGCAACCGUUCAUUUAUCAUCUCAGAACUUGUGUUCAUCCUCAAAUGCUUAGCAAUUUACUGAAUGAAUUAGAAAUUGCUUCGAAACGAAGAAUUGUUCUAUUGUUAUAUUUUAAAAAUGAACUAGAAUCACUUAUUGGACAUUCUUGUGAAACUGUGGCUUCUCUCGCUGUGACACUUCUACUACGGUUAUUACACCACUUCCCUCAUUUGGCUCCUGAAACUGUUACCAAUACAAUUAUACCUUAUCUUUGUACGCGAUCUCGUAAACCUGAUAAUUUUACCCUACCUUUAUUAUCUAUGUUACCGGAUCUCGUAAUGCUUGCUCCACAUUCAGCGCCUACUCUCAUGCAGUUAUGUGCAGAACAUAUUUUGUUCGGCAUACCGAACCAGUCCACUUAUUCAGCUAUUGAUUACUAUGAAAUUAGUAUGCGUCGCCUAACACUAGAUGGUUUUGAUGGUGCAUGUAUCGAACAUGCAAGCUCAGCACUCACAGCCAGUUCUGGUAUGGUUAAGGCAUCAUUAUAAUCAGAAUAUUUGUACAUAUUCUUUCCUUGUGAUAUGUCUAAUAAUCUUAUCAUCCACUUAUUUUUCUUCAACUGUAUAAUAAUUGUAAAUGAUGAAUAUCAAUACAAAUUUAUGACUGUAUAAA